UCCUGGAUGUGAGGACAGACGAGGAGGAGGAGCAACAUAACCUUCUCUAAAGGACCAGACCAGUGGCUCGUCAUACUGGAAGAAAAAACAAAACAAAAAGAAGAGAAGGAUGGCUGUGGAAGAAGUAGGACCGGCGAGUUCAUGUUGGAAAGAGAGACGGUGAUCUCUCCCCCGUCAUGUUUUCGCGCGAGCAAGUCCACCGAAGGUUGUAACACGCCCACCGUCACAACUGGAUGCAGAGACCACUCUCUUUAUUGGCUCAGAAAACUGUCUGUGUACGUCUACAGCCUCUUGGAACACUUGACAAGUGUCAGCAACUCUGGAAAGGGUGUAGAGCCUUUUCUGUCUCUUCAUGCUCUAAACCUCUAUCUCCAACUGUUCAUGCGUUAAAUUUUUCCCGGCCAAUCCAUCAUUUCUCCUCGGUAUCCAGACUCCUCCAGAACGAUCCUACCCGGCUUUCCCUACAUCAGUGUUUCUCCGACCAGCCAGACAUGGCAGAACAGAGGUUCAUCGUGGAGUACGCCAAGCGCGGUACUGCAGGAUGUAAGAAAUGCAAGGACAAAAUCCCAAAAGAAGUGGUGCGCAUAGGGAAGGUUGUGCCAAACCCCUUCAGCGAGUCUGCGGGGGAGAUGAAAGAGUGGUAUCAUGUGAAGUGUAUAUUUGAGAAGCUGGAAAGGGCAAGAGCCACCACGAAGAAGAUUGAGGACAUCACAGAUCUGGAGGGCUGGGAGGAGCUGGAGGACCAAGACAAGGAGGUCAUUAAUAAACAUGUUGCAGACCUGAUGUCCAAAGUCAAGGCCAGUCCAAAGAAGAAGGUGCAGGCCAAGAUGAACACUACUGGUCAGCUGAUGGCUCCUCCUGCUGACCCAUCCCUCAACGCUCCACGCAAGUUCUCAGGCUUCACUGCUGCAAAAGCUGGCAGCUCCAGCAGCUCCGGCAGCUCCAGCAGCCCGGGACCAUCCUCUUCCUCCGCCGGUGUCAGCCAAGACAGCCCCCUGUCCAGGCAGCUUUGUGACAUCCAGCACAAGGACUGCCUCUUCAGAGAGUUCCGCAAGCUCUGUGCCAUGGUGGCAGAACACAACAGCUACAAUACCAAGACACAGAUCAUUGAAAAGUUCCUCAGGAAGGGCUCAGGAGGAGAUAAGUUCCAUGGAGAUCUUUUCCUGACGGUGAAACUGCUCCUGCCAGGUGUUGUAAAAAGCGUCUACAACCUCAAUGACAAGCAGAUCGUGAAAAUCUUCAGCCGCAUAUUGAAGUGCGACCAGGAUGACAUGGUGCGGGAUCUGGAGCAGGGUGAUGUGUCUGAAACGGUGAGGAUGUUCUUCGAGGACAGUAAGUUUCUUGCGGCUACCAAGAGCCUCCUGACCAUCCAGGAAGUGGACGCCUCACUAACCCGCCUCGCCCAGCUGACCAAGGAGGAUGAGCAGCAGACUGAGCUGGAGGAAAUCUCCAAAAAAUGCACCGGUAAUGACCUGAAAUGCAUCAUUCGUCUUAUUAAACACGACUUGAAGAUGAACUCUGGAGCAAAACACGUCUUGGAUGCCGUGGAUCCAAAUGCCUACGAUGCCUUCAAGGCCUCGCGUAACCUGGGUGACGUGAUUGAGCGGGUGUUGAGGAAUCAGCAGGAGGCGUCUAACGGCUCAGGACCCAGGAAGCUCCUCACUGUGGAGGCCUCGCUCAUGACCCCCGUUCAGCCAAUGUUGGCGGAGGCAUGUAAAUCCGUCGAGUACGCCAUGAAGAAAUGCCCCAACGGGAUGUACUCUGAGAUCAAGUAUGAUGGAGAACGUGUGCAAGUCCACAAGAACGGAGACAACUUCAGCUACUUCAGCCGCAGCCUCAAGCCAGUCUUACCACACAAAGUGGCCCAUUUCAAGGAAUUCAUCCCUCAGGCUUUCCCUGGAGGCCACAGUAUGAUAUUGGAUGCUGAAGUCCUUCUAAUUGACACAAAGACCAGUAAACCCCUGCCCUUCGGGACGUUGGGUGUACACAAGAAACAAGCUUUUCAAGAUGCCAAAGUGUGCCUCUUUGUGUUCGACUGCAUCUACUUCAACGGCGUGAGUCUCAUGGAGAGGCCGCUGUCUGAACGCAGGAAGUUCCUGCAUGACAACAUGGUUGAGGUGACCAACAGGAUCCUGUUCUCAGAGAUGAAACACGUCACUAGGGCAGGAGAUCUGGCUCAAAUGAUAACUCGUGUCAUCAGAGAGGGACUUGAAGGCCUGGUGCUAAAAGAUUUGAAGGGUACCUAUGAACCGGGGAAGCGCCACUGGCUGAAGGUGAAGAAGGACUACUUGAACGAAGGGGCGAUGGCCGACACGGCUGACCUGGUGGUGCUGGGGGCCUUCUAUGGAAAAGGCUCAAACGGGGGCAUCAUGUCCAGUUUUCUAAUGGGCUGUUACGAUCCACACUCCAAGAAAUGGUGCACAGUCACCAAGUGCUCCGGAGGCUACGAUGACGCCACCUUGGCCCGGCUCCAGAAAGAGCUGGACGUGAUCAAAAUCAGCAAGGACCCAAGCAAAAUCCCAGGCUGGCUGAAAAUCAUCAAGAACUAUUAUCCAGAUUUCAUUAUUCGUGAUCCUCAGCAAGCACCUGUCUGGGAGAUCACAGGCGCAGAGUUUUCCAAAUCAGAAAUGCACACCGCUGAUGGCAUCUCUAUCCGCUUUCCCCGCAUGACGCGCAUCCGUGAUGACAAGGACUGGAAGACUGCUACCAACCUGCACCAGCUUAAAGAGCUGUUCCGCAUAUCAAAGGAGAACUGUGACUUUAAAGUGACAGCUGGACCAUCUACAUCCAACGAUAAGGGCUCCUCGGGAGAGAACAGUGGAGGAAGCUCCCCGUCGUCCUCGUCCCAUGGAAGUGCUCCACCCAAGAAGACCAACAGCAGCAGCACACCCAAAGCAAAGGCAGUGAAAUCCCAGCCCCGUACUCCCAGCUCAGAAGCACCCAGUGCCAAAAAGGUGAAGAAGAGUGAAAGUGUUCACAGCAAUGGACAAAGCAAAACGAAGCCAACCGCUCAACUACUGGAGCCGAGGAAAGACAAGACGCUGCUGGACAUCUUCAGUGGAGUGAAGCUUUUCCUGCCAGUCUCAGUGCAGGACUUUGACAAGCUGAGGCGGUACGUUGUUGCGUAUGAUGGAGACAUCGUAGCGGACUAUGACGUCGCCUCGGCCACACAUACGCUGGCUGAACCUGAAGAGGACAGCCAGGCCCAGAGAGUCUCACCCAGCUGGAUCUGGGAAUGUAUCCGCAAGAGACGCAUCGUCCCUCCCUGUUAACAAUAAAAACAAACAGAACACGUUAUAUCAAAUGAACAUGACUGUUAUGGUUUGUACACGUACAAUAUACUUUUGGGUUUUUCAGUUUUUGAAUACUGGGGAUGGACAUAGCCAAUUUAGUGAUGACACUUUGGAUGAAAUGAGGUUUGUUUGAUCAAAUGUAAAUGUACUGCAGAUGUAGAGUUUUUGUAAGACUUUUUCAAUACAAGAUGUAGUUAAAGCAGCCUCACAUGAGUACUGUAAAUCAUGACAUGCAUUUUACUACGACAUAAAUCACAGUGGAACAUUUUGAGAAGGAUUAACACCCCACCUCAUGAACUGAGAACCAAAUUUGUCUACCGUUAGGAAUAAAUAAAAUGUCUCUGUAA